AUGGGCCCCGGUCUACCAUCCUCCCCAGACGACAAUGACAACCCUGUCUUGCAGGACGAGCCCCGGUCCGCCCACCAAGAGACGCAACUCCCACAAGACCCCAACAUGCCAUCGGCACUACCGGACGGGAACCCCGUGUCCAUGACUCCUCAAGUACGCAAGAGUCAGUCGUCGAGCCCUUUGCGCCUCACAAUGCCGUUCAUAACCCCGGGUCAGCUUGCCUUUUCAGCAAUGCAAUUUCUACCCGUUCCAAUCCUGGUCUUGGAUAGCCUCAAAACAGUGGUACUGGCUAAUGAGUCUGUGGGAAGACUACUGGGCAUGCCAUUGGAUGCGACCGGAGAAGGGGAUGGUCUUUCUUCGACAAUGGACCAGCUCCGUGGCCAGACUCUUUCCCAAGUUGGUAUCGACCUUAUCCAGGAUGGCAUGCCGGUUUGGAUUGCGUGGGAACAGUUUUUGGAACAGGUUGCCCUCGAGAUGGGAGUUGGAAAUAUGGGAGAGGAAGAGACCUUAAAGCCAGUUCUGCAAACAGAUCCGGACGGAGACGCUACGCCACGUCCUGCACAGGUCCCCCAGUCAGCUUCCGCUUCUUCGCCGCGUUCUAGAUCGACAUCGGCUCCAACAAUGGAUGGCGUGUGCGACGGGGAAACAGGCAACACCACCUGCCGCCCAUCACCAAACGCUGUUGUCGACGUGGUCAUUGCCAGGAGAGAUAUCGCCCGGACAACAUAUGACACCCGCGCCCGGUCAGAGAGCUCUACGUUCCACGCACAAGCCAAGAUGAUCAUUUCCGUUUGGCAGUUGAGCCCGCAGCAAACCUACUUUACCCUCACUUUCACCAACACCGAAUCCAACUAUGUCCCUCCGGUUGGUGCUAAGAAGCUGGCUGGAGGGCGUGACGUCUUGGAUGCUGCUGAGAAAAAGUACCCUUACAGCGUAAACGACCCUCCCUCUAUGACAUCAAGUCGUGAUUCGCGUCCUCGCUCUCCAUCCUUUCCCCUAAGUCCUUCUGCGGUCGCCAUGUCAUCCAGUCCUUUCCCUCCGCUUGGACCUCCAUCUCACUCUUCCAUCACCAGUGCUCCUUCCAUGCUCCAAAAGAUCACUGUUAUGAAAGAUGCUCUUCUCGAUAAGACACAGACGCCAAUUAUUGCCAUGUGGAGGGACGGGAGCGUAAUUCUUCCCAACAAACAUGCCCGGCGCCUCUUCAAUCAAGAUCCUGUACAUGGCGCUCCCCUCGAAGGUUCCAACCUCCUGACACAGUGGAAAAUGUGGACAGACGAUUUCAGCAGGCAGUUGGAGACCGAUGAAUACCCAAUAUCUGUUCUGAUCAAAACUGAAACGUCUUUUGAAAGCUACAGAAUUGGCAUGCUAGGUCAAAACGGCGAGCGGUUAAUAUUCGACAUUGAUGGAGCAGUGAUCCGAGAUGAGAUUACAGGCGAAUUUCUGGCGGGCGUGAUAACAUGCAGGGACAUCACGCGCAUCGAGCAUGAAAUCAGUCAAAUCAGCGAAGAAAGGUUCAGAUUGAUAUGCGAUACCAUGCCUCAGCUUGUGUGGACUACGGGACCAGAUGGCGCGCAUGACUUCUACAACAGCAGGUGGUACAGCUACACAGGUCUCACCGUAGAAGAUUCGCUAGGGAAAGGCUGGAGAAAGGCGUUUCAUCCGGAUGACUUGGUCGAGACUGAGAGGCGAUGGCAAAACUCAAUUCGAACUGGCGAGCCGUAUAUGAUAGAGUACCGAUGUCGCAGCAAAGAUGGCGAGUGGAGAUGGUUCCUUGGUCGGGCGCUGCCUCUGAAGAACAAACAAACGGGGAAAAUCGAAAAGUGGUUCGGAACCUGCACCGACGUGCACGAAACCAUGGAAGCAAAGCUCGAAGCCAAGCGGACAAGACAACAGCUACGUAGCGUCAUCGCCCACUCGCGAAUGACCAUGUUCGCUGUUGACCCCAAUCGGAAGGUUACCUUGCUGGAGGGAUCGUUGAUAUGGGACGCUCUCUCACCGGAACGUAGUGGCCCAUCCUGGUUUAUCGGAAAGGAUGUCUAUGAAGUUUUCAACAAUCUCAACCAACAAUUACCGGAUGGCCAGACACCUGCUUUUCUGCAGCCCCUCGAGUCCAUCCUUGGCGGGAAAUCACCGGUAGAACUGCAGGACCACAAGUUCGGUAAGUACCAUCACAGACGUAAGGAUUCGGAUGUCCUGAAGAGCCUAACGACAGACUCAGCAGGUAGAUGGUACCGCACUGGUUUUCAGCCCAUUCCCAGGAGAGAUCCUCUUACCGGAAACUCAACAGAGGAUUUGAUCGAAGGCGUCAUGGGCUUCAUAAUGGACGUAACCGAAUUAAAGGAUCGCGAAAGGGACAUCGAGGCUCAGGUACUGGAGAAGAGACAGCUUCUAGCCAAUGAAGCAGCCGCAAAGGAAGCAAGUCGGCUCAAGAGCCAGUUUUUAGCCAACAUGUCUCACGAGAUUCGGACACCAAUUACCGGUGUAAUCGGAAUGGCGGAAUUGUUGCUUGAUGUUAAGCUUGAUGACGAGCAACGAGAGCUGACGGAGAACAUUUUCCGUUCGGCGAACGCACUCCUGACUGUAAUCAACGAUAUUCUUGACUUCUCGAAGAUUGAGUCCGGGCGACUGGACAUCGAAGAAGUACAGUUCUCAUUAGCUGUUGUCAUUCAGGAGGUCAGCAAGAUGCUCAGCUUCACAGCCGAGCGGAAAAGCUUAGCCUUCAGCUACGAGAUAUGUUCGGAUAUUGCGAUUGAUCUCGUGGUCAUGGGAGAUCCUGGACGUGUGCGGCAAAUCAUCACAAACCUGGCCACAAACAGCAUCAAGUUCACACAUGAGGGCCAUGUUAAGCUAAACGUCUUUGUCGAACAGGAAACGGACGAUACUAUUGAGGUCAAGUUCGUGAUUCAGGAUACGGGCAUCGGUAUCGAGGAGGAAGUGCUAAAACGACUCUUCCAGCCUUUCAGUCAGGGAGAUCCCUCGACAGCGCGGAAAUUUGGGGGUACCGGUCUGGGGCUGACCAUUUCCAAGAACUUGCUGGAACUGAUGAAAGGGCGUAUGGCGCUCGCUUCCAACAAGGGCAAAGGAACUACAGCCACAUUCUGGAUCCCAUUCAAGAAGCCACAUAAAGCACAAUCGGUUACCGGUCCGCUGUCUGACAGAUUGCAGGGCGAGACAAGCGUGUCUUGCAACAGCCCGGCUCCGGCUGACCAGGAGCCGAGUGCGCUGAGCGGCGAGCAGAGGUCGGCAUGGAGACAAUCCUCGCUAAGCCUCUCCACUACCACCUCACAAGAGGAGCUUAGCAUGCCGGAUCGCAGCAAGGUUUUCAUCCUGGUAGUCGAAGACAACGAGAUCAACCAGCAAAUCGCUAUCAGAACGAUUAAGAAACUAGGCUUUCAAGUCGCGGCCGCCUGGAACGGCAAGGAAGCUCUCGAAUACCUGUCCGAAGCCAGCGCAGGCAAAAAAAGGAAGCCGGACAUCAUCCUGAUGGACGUACAAAUGCCUUUGAUUGAUGGGUACCUGUGCACACACCUCCUCCGACACCACGUCCCCUACAGAACUUAUGUGAGGGAUGUGCCCAUCGUGGCCAUGACCGCCUCGGCAAUCCAAGGCGACAAGGAAAAAUGCAAGAGGGCGGGCAUGGAUGACUACCUCUCCAAACCGGUCAAGAGCAAGACGCUCGAGAAGAUGUUGGUCAGGUGGUGCACGACUAAAAGGGAGGACGUCUCGCCGACGACAUCACAGUGCUCAGAGUCGGGUGAGCAUUGUCACAGUGCGGAUAUACCUGCUGUUGGGCUGAAUGAGGGGGAGCCAUCAGAUUUGGACUUGAACGCGUAUGACAAUAAUGUUGAGGAUGAGGGGUCAAGUCUUGCUACGCCUAUGGGCCCUGUUCGCGUGGAAGAGGGAGCGCCUCAACGUGGUGGUGGUGAGGUUGAGCCAUCACCGACGGCGGGAUACUUUUCGUCGGGGUCAGGUUCUGGACAUGGCGUGUCUGAGACAGUAAAACAAACAGCAGAUCCUGGUGAGCAGACAAUGCUUGGCCGAGCUGAGCAGCUUCUUGAUCCAAUACGACCGAGCGUGGAAGAAACGGCAACAAGUCCGACUUUGAUAGAGCAGAGUACACAUGGAGAGGCGUUGACGGAGGAAAAUCUGGGCAGGUUGCAGGAAGAACAACAUAAAGAGCUGCAAAGCAAAUAAGUAAAGGGAAGGGGGGGUGGGAAUGACAUAGUUAUCUUCAACAGAAAGCGGAAUCACUUCCUUAUAAAAGUAGGGGGGGUUAGAUUAGACCUGGGGCACAAAUCCCUUGUAUGGGCAGGCUUUGUUUAAAAGCGUUAACGGCAUGAUACCAACGGGUUUCUGGUUUUGGAAGACGCAUGAACGAGCAUUUUUUCUCGCCUCUGUUUCUCGCCUCUGUUACAUAUGUCCAAGUCACCAUGCAGAACUUCGACGAGCGUAAAAGUGAAUAUUCAGCAGAAGGGGUAUCGGCGUAAGCGCAAUGAUAUAGCAGGCGUGAUAGACAUGCUAUAAAAAUAUGACGAAAUGACG